AUGGAGCGGCGGCUGCGGCGAUGGCGGCGCGGGGUGCGGACGCUGCGAUCCUGCCUAACCCACCCCGCCCAACGAAAAGACAAGGCCGAAGGGGAGGGGCUGGAGGCGUUGGAGGCGCAUCGCCGUCGAACGGCCAACCGCGAAUUAGCCCACACGGGGCAGCUUCUGGAGGCCUUUGAGCGGUCCUGGGCGGCCGACCAGGAGGCGCGGCAGCGCCAGUGGGGAUAUAUGGUAUCGAGCUUGGACCCCAACCCGCACGGCCCCUCCGCCAUAAAUCCCCAGUCCACCCCCAAGGGGGAAGGAGAAACCCCACCCAAAGCCUCGCUCGGCGAGGCUGUCGAUCCUGAUCGUGCCUCGCUCUCACAACCGGCGACCUGCUAUCUCUCGCAGACCGAGGCGAUUCUACUGCGUAAAGCACGCUCCGUGCUCCUCGCAUCUCAGCCGCAAAAAGACGAAAAAACAAAUGAAUAUACAACGCGUUCGCAAAUAGAUGAUAAAAACGCGGCCUCUCCGAUCCUCUCGAGGCCGUCUCCCGACACCCAAAAAGGUGGAAAUGUGCGCGAUCCCGACUACGGACCUGAGGAAUCAUCGAGUGCAAUACGAUUCAAGCAACCCCCGAUGGAUCUCAGCUUCGGCCAUGCGUUCAACGUUCCUAGCAAAACUAACGAAACCUUUUUCGAACAAAAGACGCCGGGGGAAUUAGCGCCCCCCGCGCGCGAACAACUUGCCGAACACGAACAAAGGCGAAAGGACCGAUGGGAGGAGUUGUGUAUGAAGGAAAAGCGCAUCCAGCAGGAGUUGGAAAACGUCCUUUUGGGCGUUGACGCUGCCCCGGCUUCGCCUUUAAAUAAAUCAACCGAAGAGGACACUUCAAAAGAGACGCGGGCGAUUUCGCGCGAUCGCGCUAGCUUUCAACAAUCAUUGUCGAGAGAACCAAGUGAACGAAGUCCAAGCCGCAUUUGGAGUAGUAGUAGUAGUGAAAGCAGCAUCGAGUCGCUCAAAUAUCACCAGUCCUUACAAUAG